AUGCCCAGGCUGCCUCUGCUCAGGCCACAGACAGGGCUCUACAGACAGGGCUCUACAGACAGGACUCUACAGACAGGGCUCUACAGACAGGGCUCUACAGACAGGGCUCUACAGACCGGGCUCUACAGACCGGGCUCUACAGACAGGGCUCUACAGACAGGGCUCUACAGACCGGGCUCUACGCACAGGGCUCUACAGACAGGGCUCUACAGACAGGGCUCUACAGACCGGGCUCUACAGACAGGACUCUACAGACAGGGCUCUACAGACAGGACUCUACAGACAGGGCUCUACAGACAGGGCUCUACAGACAGGGCUCUACAGACAGGGCUCUACAGACAGGGCUCUACAGACAGGGCUCUACAGGCCACAGACAGAGCUCUACUGGCCACAGACAGGGCUCUACAGGCCACAGACAGAGCUCUACUGGCCACAGACAGGCCUCUACUGGCCACGGACAGGGCUCUACUGGCCACGGACAGGGCUCUACUGGCCACGGACAGGGCUCUACUGGCCACGGACAGGGCUCUACUGGCCACGGACAGGGCUCUACUGGCCACGGACAGGGUUCUACAGGCCACAGACAGAGCUCUACUGGCCACAGACAGGCCUCUACUGGCCACGGACAGGGCUCUACUGGCCACAGACAGGCCUCUACUGGCCACGGACAGGCCUCUACUGGCCACGGACAGGGCUCUACUGGCCACGGACAGGGCUCUACUGGCCACGGACAGGGCUCUACUGGCCACGGACAGGGCUCUACUGGCCACGGACAGGGCUCUACUGGCCUCGGACAGGGUUCUACAGGCCACAGACAGAGCUCUACUGGCCACAGAUGGGGCUCUACAGGCCACAGACGGGGCUCUACAGGCCACAGACAGAGCUCUACAGGCCACAGACAGAGCUCUACAGGCCACAGACAGAGCUCUACAGGCCACAGACAGAGCUCUACAGGCCACAGACAGGGUUCUACAGGCCACAGACAGAAGUACCUGUCUGCACAUCAUACUAUUGUUUGAUCCAGCAGCUCAGUUGAUCGCGAUAGCAGGAAUAGCGUACACAUUGCCGCCUCCACCUCUGAGCAUUCAGGGCUGUCUUUCUCUCCGUGGGGGAGAUGAGUCAGAGGCCAGUGCGAUGGGUCCGUUUGAUUUAGCCGUCAGCUCACCUCAGAACAAACUGCCUGAGUGA